AUGCCGCUCAUUUCGUUACUUGAGCCUGUUUCCCAAGACUCAUUGCAGUAUCAUCAGUCCCAGUGGCCGCCCAACUUCUUCAUAGCCAAGGACAAUCAUUCCCGGAGCACAAAUGGCACAUUGACAACACCAGACUCACCAAGCUCGUCUUCCAAAUCCAUCUUUCACGAUGAAGCGGAUGUCCAGCUGCAGCGCAAGUUCACACAAGAAAAGAUCAUCUCCGCUCCGCUGGACUAUCUCUCCGGCUUCCCCGGCAAAGACAUCAGAGGCAAACUCAUCUCCUCCUUCAACGAGUGGCUCAAAAUCCCAGAGCAAAAGCUGGACAUCAUUAAGCGAGUAAUCGGACUCUUACACACUGCUUCACUGCUUAUCGACGACAUCCAGGAUUCCUCCAAGCUCCGCCGCGGCUUCCCCGUCGCGCACAGCAUCUUCGGCAUCGCGCAGACAAUCAACUCCGCCAACUUCGCUUACUUCUGGGCCCAGCAGGAACUCCAGAAACUCGGCAAGUCCGACGCUCUCGCCAUCUUCACCGAUGAGCUGCUGCGGCUGCACCGCGGCCAGGGCAUGGAUCUAUACUGGCGGGACUCACUGAUCUGUCCCACAGAGGAAGAGUACCUGGAUAUGGUCUCCAACAAGACAGGCGGGCUAUUUCGACUGGCGAUCAAGCUUAUGCAGAUGGAAAGUCAGAAUGAGAGAGACUGCGUCCCCCUCGUCGACCUGCUGGGAAUUAUCUUUCAGAUCCGCGACGACUACCAGAACCUGCAGAGCGACCUGUAUGCCAAGAACAAGGGCUUUGGCGAGGACAUCACCGAGGGGAAAUUCUCGUACCCGAUCAUCCACAGCAUUCGCAGCGAGCCCGGAAACUUGCAGUUGAUGAGUAUCCUCAAGCAAAAGCCGGAGGACGAGGACGUGAAGCGGUACGCGAUUCGCAUCAUCGAGUCGACGGGCAGCUUCGACUACUGCCGGCAGAAGCUGGCGAGUCUGACAGCUGAGGCGAGGGAGAUGUUGGCCGGGUUUGGGGAUUUGGAGGAAGUGGCUGGGUUGAACAGUAUUUUGGAUUUUUUGGAAUUGAAGGAGUGA